CGCUGAGUUUGAAUGUGUCUCGUGCGUCUCUCAGAUUAGUACUUCCUCAUACAGUGCAUCCUUCCAGCCAACCGUCCUGCACCCGCUACUCCGACUGACUGCACCGCCAGAUGACCGAAUGCUUAGAAUGUGUGCAAUCUGAAGUAAUCUAGUGUUCUCUGCAUUGAUUCAUCUGAGGCUUCUAAAUGUCUUUGCUUUUGGAUCUUAUAAGACAGCUUUUGGAAUAUCUGGGAAUACCAGGUGAUCAGCUUGAUCAAUUAUGGGAGAAUUACGCUAACAGGCUCACUAUUCUUCGCGCUCUCGAGUCUCCUAUAUUUCCAGUGUUAUUACGAGGAAUUAAUCUGCCGGGAUGGGAGCGCAGGGAGUAUGGCUGGACUCGCAGCAUUGUUCGAAUGAUUGGCACGGUCCUGCCACUGGAACCAUGCCCAAGACCCCAUUUUCAGUGUGUACUUGACCUCAACGUGCACAAAUAUAAGGAGAAUACAGCUGUCUGCAAGCCUGGUGUUCCAUCACUAGCAGAUGUACCAUGGGUCUCAGAGGAAGAUCGUCUAUCUUACACUACAUUUAGACAUGAUCUAUUGGCGAAUAAACCUAAAUACAUACAUUUGGAAAAACCAUGCGACAAGACUCCUGGUUUGGUACCCAUGAUUCUUCCAAGUAAUGGCAAAGCAUACCAUGGUGCCCUUUCCCCAAGCAACAAUACAAGCCAAAAAAUUGCAGCCCUGGAGGAUGAACUGAUGCAGCUGAGAGCACAGAUUGCUGCAAUUGUAGCCAUACAGGAUACAAAAAGCAUCCAGUCAUGUUCAGAAACAAUGUGUUCCUUUGGGAGUCCCAUAACUGCUUUACCACCACCAUCCCUAACUUCCACUCCUGUUCCUGCCCAGCAGUUGCCUUCUGCGGCUCCAAUACCACCACCUCCACCACCUCUCCCUGUUCCAUCUAUAAAACCAGACCCUGGAAAAUCUGCAAGAGAUCUAAUAAAACAGCGGAAAGAAGCUUAUAAGCGCAAUGUGGGACAAAUGGUGACAGUAGAAAAAGACAGUGGGGAUAUGCUUCCUAGCAUGAUGGAUGUUUUAAAAGGCAUGAAUACUAUCCGACUGCGUGCUGUGGAAAGAUCUCCAGGGGGUACACCUUUGACACAAAAAGGCAAGAAGAGACGUUCACUUAAUGACCCAGCAUCUAUUAUAGCCCAUGCGUUGAAGCAGAAGUUUGCACACAGGCACAAUGAUGACUCCUUUGAUAAAGAAAACAAAUCACAAGAGGAAUUUGCAUUUUCAAGUCCAGAAACUCCACAGUUUGGACGUCAUCUCCUCAAACCAGUGGGAAGGCGACCCCAGAAAAAGCAGGUGUUGAUGGCAUCUCAACAAACUAAUUAAUUUUAACAAUGUCAUAAUGAAUUCCAGACCCAAGAAGCUGGGAAAACGGUGCAAGAAACAUUUAGUGGUGUAACACCUUAUUAUAUGUGAGGUUGUGCUACAAACUUCUAACCAUAUUCUAGGAUGCUGCAAGGUUCUCCUGUAUCCAGUUUAAAUACAA